AACCACCGAACCACCGCACCGAUAACGGCGAGAUACACUCACUACUCGGGAGAGGGGGUGUAAAACCGAAAACAGGAGCAUAUCUUCAUCACCGGGUGUACGGUUAACACUGACAUACCCACUAAAGGUUUCCACGAGGCACCGCGUGAAGGUGGGCGGUGUGCGCCGUGGUAACUGUUGCCAUGCCGUUCCCCUUUGGGAAGUCCCACAAGUCUCCAGCGGACAUCGUGAGGAGCCUGAAGGAGAGCAUGAGUGUGUUGGAGAAACACCCUCCGCCCGACAAGAAGGCAGAGAAGGCCCAGGAGGAGGUGAGCAGGGCUCUGGUGCAGAUGAAGGAGGUGCUGUACGGGACGGCGGAGAAGGAGCCCCAGACGGAGGCCGUGGCGCUGCUCUCUCAGGAGCUCUACAACAGCGGCCUCCUCUACACACUCAUCGCACACCUGCCGCUCAUCGACUUUGAGGGGAAGAAGGAUGUGGCUCAGAUCUUCAACAACAUCUUGAGGAGGCAGAUCGGCACUCGAACCCCUACUGUGGAGUACCUCUGCACCCAGCAAAACAUCCUCUUCAUGCUGCUUAAAGGGUACGAGAGCCCUGAGAUCGCGCUGAACUGCGGGAUGAUGCUGCGUGAGUGUGUGCGCCAGGAACCGCUGGCCAAGAUCACACUCCACACACCGCACUUCUACUGCUUCUUCACCUACGUGGAGAUGUCCACCUUCGACAUCGCCUCCGACGCCUUCACCACCUUCAAGGACUUGCUGACGCGACACAAGCUGCUGAGUGCUGAGUUUCUUGAGCAGAACUACGAAAGGUUCUUCAGUGAAUAUGAGAAACUUCUUCAUUCUGAAAAUUAUGUGACAAAAAGACAAUCUCUGAAGCUGCUAGGUGAGCUCCUAUUGGACAGGCACAACUUCACGGUGAUGACGCGCUACAUCAGUAAAGCUGAGAACCUGAAGCUCAUGAUGAACCUGCUACGGGACAAAAGCAGGAACAUCCAGUUUGAAGCCUUCCACGUCUUUAAGGUGUUCGUGGCCAACCCCAACAAGCCUCCAGCCAUCCUGGACAUCCUGGUGAAGAACCAGAGCAAGCUGGUGGACUUCCUGUCCCGUUUCCAGGCCGACCGCACCGAGGACGAGCAGUUCAACGACGAGAAGACCUACCUCAUCAAACAGAUCCGAGAACUACGGCGCUAACACCCACACACACACACACACACACACACACACACCUCAUCAAACAGAUCCGGGAACUACGGCGCUAACACCCACACACACACACACACACACACACACACACCUCAUCAAACAGAUCCGGGAACUACGGCGCUAACACACACACACACACACACACACACACACACACACACACACACACACACACACACACACACACACACACAAACACACACCUCAUCAAACAGAUCCGAGAACUACGCCGCUAACACACACACACACACACACACACACACACACACACACACACACACACACACACACACACAAACACACACCUCAUCAAACAGAUCCGAGAACUACGCCGCUAGCACACACACACACACACACACACACACACACACACACACACACACACACACACACACCUCAUCAAACAGAUCCGAGAACUACGCCGCUAACACACACACACACACACACACACACACACACACACCUCAUCAAACAGAUCCGAGAACUACGCCGCUAACACACACACACACACACACACACACACACACACACCUAAUCAAACAGAUCCGAGAACUACGCCGCUAACACACACACACACACACACACACACACACACACACACACACACACACACACACACACACACACCUCAUCAAACAGAUCCGAGAACUACGCCGCUAACACACACACACACACACACACACACACACACACACACACACACACACACACACACACACACACACCUCAUCAAACAGAUCCGAGAACUACGCCGCUAACACACACACACACACACACACACACACACACACACACACACACACCUAAUCAAACAGAUCCGAGAACUACGCCGCUAACACACACACACACACACACACACACACACACACACACACACACACACACACACACACACCUCAUCAAACAGAUCCGAGAACUACGCCGCUAACACACACACACACACACACACACACACACACACACACACACAAAUGCAUCUGCACACUCACUCAUCAUUAAACCAUCAUAAACACUCUAAGCAUGUACUUAUAUUAUUAACAUUAACAUAAUUAAGUCAAAUCAGCCACACAGACACACACACACCACACACACUCACACACACACCACUCACACACACACCCACACCACACACACUCACACACACCACAGACACACUCACACACACACCCACACCACACACACUCACACACACCAGAGACCCUCUCCCCCCCCCACAGCGCGUGGCUGGUGUGUGCCGCACUGAUGGGCUGUGUGGGGGAACGCUGCCCCCUGGUGACCAGGACCUCCUACUGCAGAGAACAUGAACAUGAGGACAAUAUUCCUGUGAAACACACA